AUGGCCAACGACAUUUGCACUGGCGCCGGCUACAACUCACAGGAUGACGAUGGCGACGACCUUUUCGCCGGUUACGACGAGAUGGAGGAAACCAUUCCUCUCUCACACCCCUACAAGCCUGCCCCGCCGACACAAGCGUCGCCAUACUUUGCCUCACCGGCACCUGCUACGACCCAGCCGACACAAAUCUUGGACACACCAGUGCGUGACAGAACGGACGCAAACGCUGUUGUCCAAGUGCCGGCAUCCUCACCUUCACUCCAAGCUCGUGGCCCGGUCGCCUCACCUUCGCCGACUGGAUCGCGCAAGGCCAUAUCAAAUGCACCGCCAGGUACCACUUCGCGACCGUCUCGACUGCCGGUCACCCAUGCUGGUAGCUUCAGCGACGACUCUCCAGCAGAAGAAACGUCGGAUGACGAGCUCUCCAAGCCGAUCUCAAGGUCGGAGAUCAAACCGUCUAAUUUCCUUACCAAGAACAAGCCUAGGAUCCCUCCCCCUAGCGAUGGCCCACCCUCUGUUCUCAGCCAGGUCCUCGACCAAUUCAAGUAUCAAGGUCCCGCCAGCCGACCUCAGAAGCGCUCAGCCGAUGAAAUGGCAAAUGCUUACUCUUCAUCGCCGAAGAGGCCUCGUACGCAGCCACGUCAGACUGGCCCCUCUCGCGCUCUGCCUGUGGAUGAGGGCUCUUGUUCAUUCGAGGGUAUGAAGUUGGAGGACAUUCCAGACUGGGUCCAGAAGCAGAGGGUCAAGCGGAUGUUGCUCGUGUUUGGCGACAAGCCCGUAUCACUCCUGUACGAGGCGCUUGUUCGCAAGAAAGGACAGUACGACGAUGCCCUCAACUACGUCUGCGAGUUGGAAGAGGAGCAGGAACGCAAGAAGGCAUCCAAGGUGGAAACCAUUGAUCUCACUGAGGACGAUGCAUCACCGGUCAAGCCUUCGAAGUUUACUACGAACAAGUCGGUUCAGUCAGGCAAGACUAUUGCCUCUAAGUGGAGCUCCAUUAGCGCGCCCAAGUCAAAGGAAAAGCAGACUCCGGUCCUGGAUAUCGCUGACGACUCCUCUGCCACUGAGUCGCCUGCUGUCAAACCUCGCGGUCGCCUUAGGCGAGGCCGUCCCUCCGCUGCCAGAUCACCCACCCCAGAAGAAAAGCCCACGCCUCAGAAGCCAGAGCUGGACCGCCAGCGAAAGAAAGUUCUCACCGUUGAAUCGGAUUCUGACGCUUCGGAUAAGGAAGAAGAAGUUGAUGAGCAAGCGCUGCAGGAAAGCCUGCUCGCGUACAUCAACAAGUGCUCAGCGGAGGACCUCGCGGAUCUUUCUGAGAAAUCUUUGGAAGAUUGCCAGGGCGUGUUGGAGAGAAGGCCCUUUAAGAACUUGGACCAAAUUCGAAAGGUGGAGCUCAACCCACCUAAGCUGACGAAGACUGGAAAAGUGCCACGCACCCACAUGUCCACAGGAACGAAGGUCCUGAACGAUGCGGAAAAGAUGUGGACGGCUUACCAGUCGAUCAAUGAGCUCGUGUCUCAGUGUCAGGAGAUUGGCGAACCCAUCAAGGCAGCUAUGAAGCAUCUUGGAGGCAAGUCGGUUGCUUCAGACGUUUCGGGUGAGCUCAACCUUGGAAGCCUUGACGAGGUCAAGAACGACUCCGGCGUAGGCACUCCAAGCUCGGCUUCGCAAACGGACGAUGACGAUGAUGUCAUUAUCACAAAGUCGAGGUUCUCGAAGCUCCAGAAGCCCUCCAUCAUGGCUGAAGAUCUGAUCCUGAAGGAUUACCAAUUGGUUGGCCUUAAUUGGCUGAACGUCCUUUGGACCAAUAAACUGUCAGGUAUUCUGGCCGACGAUAUGGGCCUGGGCAAGACUUGCCAAGUCAUUUCGUUCCUGGCUCACCUCAAAGAGACCGGUCAAAAGGGAAUCCACCUCAUUGUGGUUCCUAACACCACCCUGGAGAACUGGUUCAGAGAGUUCAACAAGUUCAUCCAAGAAGGAACGAUGCAUGUUGAGCCGUACUACGGCAGCCAGGCCGAGCGCAUGAGCAUGAGGGCAGAUAUCGAGAGUAAAAAGGAAGAUAUCGAUGUAAUCAUCACAACCUACUCAACGAUGAGCAGCACCGACAAGAACGACGCAAAAUUCCUGCGCAAAUUGGAGCCGACUGUUUGCGUGUUCGACGAAGGGCACCAGCUGCGAAACAGCUCAUCGCAGAAGUAUCAAUGCGCGAUGCGCAUUCCCGCGACGAUGCGCCUUCUUUUGACGGGCACUCCGCUACAGAACAAUCUGCAGGAAAUGGCCUCACUCUUAGGAUUCAUCAUGCCAGAGGUUUUCGCCGAGCACGCGGAGAAUUUGAAGUUUAUUUUCCGCCGAAAAGCCACAACGACGGAGGAAAACAGCCAUGCCAGCUUGCUGUCAGUCCAACGUACCGCCAGAGCACGGUCGAUGAUGACCCCCUUCAUUCUGCGCAGGAGGAAGGAGCAGGUUCUGGGCAACAUUCUUCCGGCGAAGACAUGUCGAGUCGAGUACUGCGAACUGGAUCCCAAGCAGAAGAAGGUGUACAGCGACGUUCUUGCUCUUCAGCAAAAGGCCUUCCAGAGGAAGAAGUUGAAUCUGCCGAGCCCCGCGAGCUCGAACUACUUGAUGAAGCUUCGGCUUACUGCGUGUCAUCCUCUUUUGGACCGUCACUUCUUUAACGAUGAGAAAAUCACGCGGAUGGCGGAAGACCACUUCAACGUUGGUGCAAGCACGAGCGUGAAGUCAUCGUUCGACUGGCUCCGGAAGAUGAACGACUUCAAGAUCAUGCGGGCGAUAGACGACGAUCCUCAGCUCUGGGGCAAAUACCAGAUGGAGGAUGACCUGACGCACGCCUCAGGAAAGUUUCAAAAGACGGUGGAACUUGUGAAAGAGUUCGCCAAGAACGGCGACCGUGCUUUGUUUUUCUCUCAGUUCAAGAUGGUUCUAGAUGUCAUGGAAGAGGUUUUGUCGGCUGAGAACAUUCCCUUCCUCCGCUUCGAUGGCUCAACCAACACUUCGGGCCGCCAAGAUAUCAUUGACCAAUUCUACCAGGAUGCCACCAUCCCCAUCUUCUUGGUAUCUACUGGGUCUGGCGGCACGGGUAUCAAUAUCACCGCUGCCAACAAGGUCAUCAUCCACGACCUCUCUUGGAACCCCCAAGAGGACAUCCAGGCUGAGAACCGGGCGCACCGAGUCGGACAGCUCCGGGAUGUUGAGGUGAUCCGCCUUGUGACGCGAGGCACGAUCGAGGAGCAGAUCCUGGCGCUCGGCAACUCCAAGCUGGAGCUGGAUAAAAAGGUUGCAGGUGCUGGUGCGUUUGGCGACGACAGCAAGACCUCCAAGGUCAUGCAAGAUAUUGUCGCGCAGAUGUUGUUUGAGCAGAUGGAGGCGAAGGGCGAACUAGACCGCCCGAUGGAGGACGGACAGGACUCGGCUGGUAAUGAUGACAUUGCCGAGCAGUUCAAGUCGGGCUUGGAGAAAGCAGGGGUUAAAAUGGCGUAG